GGUCUGGAGAAUGUUUUCAGUGCCGUUUCCUGGCUGGGCGUCGGCAGCCUCCUCAGCGUCCCGUCCGCCGGGCCGCACUCGGGCCGACUCCUGGGCCCGACCCCGCCUCUCCAUUGGGUGGGGUGGGGUCCUCGGGCCCCCGCGGCGCAGGCACAGCAAUUACGCGGGCACACAGCCCCUGGGACUUUUUCACUGGGUGUGGGGCCGCUCACUCAUUGCGACAAAUAAUGAAUUUGAACGAUGCGAAUUUCUUGGGUAUCCCCUCACUUACAAUCUGGUCCUCCAGAUAUUUCUCAUUUACAUAGCCACUCCCACCGCACUUCAGUUGGACAGCCGGGUUCACGACCCCUGUCCUGCACGCUUCCCCUCCUGUCCCUGUCCUGUCCUGUCCUGUCCUGUCCAGUCCUGUCCUUCCCUCACAGGGUGUAGCACUCCUGACCCAUACAACACCCGAAUCCAAUGUGUCAUUGUUCUAGGUAUAUCAUGAUUUACUUUCCUCAUCUUGUUUACAGCUAGUGUCAUCUUUUGUUGUCUUCUUUUCCAAUAUUAUUGAGUGACCUUUUCGUUCUCUCUCCUUUGUUGUUUCUGCCUUGUCCUGUUCGACUGAAUGGCUGUAAUUAUCAAUAAAUAUCCAUCAGAAUAUAAAGAAACCACAGCGGAAGCUUACAAAGUGUGUCCGGCAUAAAAGGGGAUACAGGUCUUCCUUUCUGCUUGACCUAACAGCCAAACAGGACCAGUAUAUGGAUCGUCAUCUCGUGUUACAUUGAAGCGACACACAUCCAAUAUGUCUGUGUUUUCCUUCGCACAACGCAUAUUAGGCGUAAAUAAUUACACAAGCUUCAACACCAAAGUAAACCAUCUUAUGUGAAUCAUGCAAAUCUUAAACGUUACAUAGCAUUCACUAAUGAGCUCGCUAUUAGCCCUUUUCAUUUUGCCUCUUUUUUUUUUAACAUAUUAACACAUUACAACACAAGACAGAUAAUGACAUAAACAAACCAAAAGAAAUUGGCAUAUAGUUCACCGAUGAUUAUUUUUUCUCUCUCUCUGUUGUAAAGUGAAAUACUCAAGUUUUGUAAAGCAGUCAAAUGUUCUGCCUGGAAUUUAUUUCUUCGUUGUUGAAAGUGGACCAAAGUUCUUUUAUUCAUGAUAUCUUUUUCUUUUAUUAAUUGAACGAUUAAUCGGUGACCAUGAUUUUAUUCUCUCCAAAUAUCGGACAAGGCAAAAAAAUCCAUUCCUAAUUUAGUUGGCCUUGGCCGAUUCAAGAGAGGAGUUACUUCACUCGCUUGCUUUCAAUGUCCAAAGCCGUCAGCCGAGACCAGAUCGGGGUCAAACUUCAGACGUCGUCGUACAAUUCAAAUGCUGUUUAUUGGGAUCCAAACAGAUUCCAAACAGGUUUUACAAUUCGAAAAGGAAAUGUCCAAUGGAUGGUCUGCAAUAGGAACUGAACUCCAAUACUGGCGUGCGUGCGUGCGUGCGUGCGUGUGGUUGAAAAACUAUAUGAUCACGCCGCAAACAUUUCCCGCUUCCACGCUAGGCGCAUAUUUCAACCCAUCUGAAACGUGCAGUCGCCAGUCAACGCACAAGCACUCAAUGAGAGACCAUGAAAAGUUUCCUUUUCGUGCUUUUUUGGGACAUUAGUCAGCUCAUUUGCAAAUUCCUGGUUUGAUUAGUUAUUUUUGUUUUUAGAAAUGAUGAUGCACAAUCAGCUCCAAUAUAUUGUGCGUCUCGGCUAAAAGAUGUUUGUUUUUGAAAGCUGAUGAAUAUUGAGAAAUCACAGGUUCGCGCAUCAAACGUGCGUCCGCACUCUUUGGAGCACAAAUCAUGCGUGCGGGCACGAUUAGCGAAUGAGGCCCGAUGUCUGCCGCCGAUCGCUGCGAUAACGGCGCCGUCGGUUGCGCAACAUUUCAAGGGAACGAGGCGAGCUGCUUUGAUUUUUGAUUGGCCGUCGAGGAAAGUGGCUGGAAACGCUGUCAAUACACUUUGACCGUUGACCGUGUUCCAUCUGCUUUUUGUGUGCGUGUGUAAAUGUGCGUGCGUGUGUGCGUGUGCGUGUGUUUUUCCGAGAGAGACAAGUGAACAGUGACUCGUCUGUAAUCCGUGAUUAGAAAGAAAAACAACAAAGUACGUAAAUAAUCGGAUUUAUCAGCUUUUCUCCAAACGCUAAAUCCGUUUAGACGAUCCCGUGACAGCAAGCGUGUGUGUGCGUGUGUGCGCUUUCUCUCCUUUGAUACGUUUGAAUGUAAGACAACUUGGACCUUUUCUUAUGAGCGCUUCAAAGAAAAUGAAUCAUCCUUCCAUCCAUUUUCCUUCCCGCUUCCCCUCCUGACGGGUGGCGGGCGUGCCGGAGCCUAUCCCAGCUAUCUUCGGGCGAGAGGCGGGGUACACCCUGAACCAAUCGCAGGGCACAUACAGUCGGCACGGAAAGUAUUCAGACCCCCUUAAAUGUUUCACUCUGUUAUAUUGCAGCCAUUUGCUAAAAUCAUUUAAGUUCAUUUUUGCAGAUUUAUUAAAAAAAGAAAAACUGAAAAAUCACACAGCCAUAAGUAUUCAGACCCUUUGCCGUGACUGUCAUAUAUUGAACUCGGGUGCUGUCCAUUUCUUCUGAUCAUCUUUGAGAUGGUUCCACACCUUCAUUGAGUCCAGCUGUGUUGGACUAUACUGAUUGGACUUGAUGAGGAAAGCCACACCCCUGUCUGUAUAAGACCUUACAGCUAACGUUUGGGACGACCAGAACCCAAACUGAGCAAUCGGGGGAGCAGAGAGAGGUCAAAAAGAACCCAAAGAUGACUGUGGCUGAGCUCCAGAGAUGCAGUCGGGAGAUGGAAGAAAGUUCUAGAGAGUCAACCGUCACUGCAGCCCUCCACCAGUCGGGGCUUUAUGGCAGAGUGGCCCGACGGAAGGAAGCCUCUCCUCAGGGCAAGACGCGUGAAAGCCCGCAUGGAGUUGGCUAAAAAAAAAAAAAAAAAAAAAAAACUAAAUUCUCUGGUCUGAUGAGACCAUGAUAGAAAUUGUUGGCCUUAAUUCUAGGCGGUAUGUGUGGAGAAAACCAGGCACUGCUCAUCACCUGUCCAAUACAGUGAAGCACGAUGGUGGCGGCAUCAUGCCGUGGUGGGUGUUUUUCAGCUGCAGGCAGAGGACGACCGGUUGCGAUCGAAGGAAAGAUGAAUGCGGCCAAGUACAGGGAUAUCCUGGACCAAAACCUUCUCCGGAAGGUUUAGUGCUCAGGAACUCAGACUGGGCCAAAGGUUCUCCUUCCAACAAGACAAUGACCCUAAGCACACAGCUAAAAUAACGAAGGAGUGGCUUCAGAACAACUCCGUGACUGUUCUUGAAUGGCCCAGCCGGAGCCCUGACUUAAACCCGAUUGAGCAUCUCUGGAGGGACCUGAAAAUGGCCGCCCAUCAACGUUCACCAUCCAACCGGACAGAACGUGAGAGGAUCUGCAAGGAGGAAUGGCAGAGGACCCCCAAAUCCAGGACUACAGAGUGAACAUCUUCUUGAGGCAGCAGUGGAACGACCCGCGUCUGGCCUACAGCGAGUACCCGGACGACUCUCUGGACCUGGACCCGUCCAUGUUGGACUCCAUCUGGAAGCCCGACUUGUUCUUCGCUAACGAGAAGGGGGCCAACUUCCACGAGGUCACCACCGAUAACAAACUUCUGCGCAUCUCCAAGAACGGAAACGUGCUCUACAGCAUACGAAUAACACUGAUUCUGGCCUGUCCCAUGGAUCUGAAGAACUUCCCGAUGGAUGUGCAGACGUGCAUCAUGCAGUUGGAGAGCUUUGGCUACACGAUGAACGACCUGAUCUUCGAGUGGGACGAGAAAGGCGCCGUGCAGGUGGCGGAUGGCCUGACGCUGCCUCAGUUCAUCCUGAAGGAGGAGAAAGACCUCAGAUACUGCACCAAACACUACAACACCGGCAAGUUCACGUGCAUCGAGGCCCGCUUCCACCUGGAGCGUCAGAUGGGCUACUACCUGAUCCAGAUGUACAUCCCGUCCCUGCUCAUCGUCAUCCUGUCCUGGGUGUCCUUCUGGAUCAACAUGGACGCCGCCCCCGCCCGGGUGGGCCUGGGCAUCACCACCGUGCUCACCAUGACCACGCAGAGCUCGGGAUCCCGAGCCUCCCUGCCCAAGGUGUCGUACGUGAAGGCCAUCGACAUCUGGAUGGCCGUGUGUCUGCUGUUCGUCUUUUCGGCGCUGCUGGAGUACGCCGCUGUCAACUUCAUCGCUCGCCAGCACAAAGAACUCCUUCGCUUCCGCCGGCGGCGGCGACACAUGAAGGAGGACGACGGCGGCGGCGACGGUCGUUUCAGCUUCCCGGGUUCGGGCUACGGCGUGGGCCCCGCGUGCCUGCAGAAGGACGGCAUGGCGGCCAUCAAGGGCAACAACAACAACAACGCGCCGGCGCCGGGCGGCCCGCCCGAGAAGAGCAUCGAGGAAAUGAAAAAACUCUUCAUCGGCCGCGCCAAACGAAUCGACACGGUGUCGCGCGUGGCCUUCCCCCUCGUCUUCCUCAUCUUCAACAUUUUCUACUGGAUCAUCUACAAAAUCAUUCGCAGCGAAGACAUACACAAACAAUAAAACACGACGACCACAAGUACGCCGUAUACUCAAACCACUGUCCUCCUCCUCCUAUUCACCCUCUUUUCCGUGUCCUCCUCUUCAUCCUUUUUCUUCUCGUCCUCGUCCUCUUCCUCCUUUUUAGCCUAAGCAUCCUUUUACUCACUCAUCUUCUCGUCCUGCUCACCUUCUUCACCUUCACUCUCGUCCCCUUCUAUUCCUCCUCCCUCCUCUUCUUCGUUCUCAUCCUGAACAUUAUUCUCAUCCUCCCCUCGUCUCCGCGCUCCUUGAACAUUUCCCUCUUCCUCAGACACUCUUCUUCCUCUUUGCAGGAUGGAACACAACAAAGGCAAACCCAUUCACAAUCAACUCCUCCUCUUCACCCUCCCUUUUCUCCUCAUCUUCCACCAGACACGAAGCGAACAGCAACAUGACAAAUGAACCUCAAAUAAAAAAGGGGGAAAAAAAUCUAUCGAGGAGAAGAGGCCACGCCCACCCGGCCACGUGGGAGGGGGGCCGGGCCGUAUUGCAUUACAAACUCAAGCUCCGCCCUCUGACGGGACGCUGCCGGAAUAUUUCCGAACAUUUUGCUUCGACGUUAAUGCUAGCACGCUAACCUCAUCACAUGACCCCGCCCCUCCAGCAGCGGCCACACACAUACUCAGCAGUCUGUGCUUUCGGUCAUUAAUGAAGAAUUGUUCAACAGUCAUUUUAUUUUUUUAUAUUGAUAUAUCUGUUUUUUGUAAUUAUUUUCUUGUCGUUUUGUUUAAUUUAUUCAUUAUUAGGAAGUGACUGGUUAUUUCUAUUUUGUAUUCCUUUUUUUAUUGUAUUUUUGCAUUUGUUUCUUUAUAAUCUUUUUUAUUUCAUUCUUUUUAUUUGGUAUGAUUGGAUAUUUAUUUUUUUAAUUGUUCUAUAUAUUCCUAAUUUAAAGUAAUAUAAAUAUAAAUAAUAUAUAUUUCUAUUCCUUUGCAGUAUAUUUUUUGUUAUAAUUGUUCAUUAUUUUAUCAUGAAUGAUGAUUUCUAUUAUAUCAUUUUUGUUUUUCGUUUUCAUCACAAUUUUUUCUUCUCAUUUGAAUCGUUGUAUUGUAACUUGUCAUUAUUUAUUUUGUUGUUUUAUUGAUUUCUUUUGGACGGCCAUGCCAAACAAACAAGCGAGCGUUUGACUUUGCCGUGAUUUCGUGCUUCCUGAACUUCGGCUUCUCUAUGCAAAGCGCUCCUCCCUCCGUAUGCAAACGAUGUCGCCAUCGCCCACCAAUCAUCUGCCGAUUGUGUCGAUCAUCAUCCGCCAUGUGACGCCAAGUCAGAACUCAAAUCGUCGCUUUUGUCACAUUUGGACAAAUGAGAUUUUAAACGACAGAACUCGAUGACAAAAUGUCGACGUUGUCACAUGUUUAGCUUUUCUUUUCUUUUCUGCCAGAUGUUGUCUCCAUCACACUCCGAACCAGCAGGGGGCAGCAGCAACGUGCAAAAAUAUUGUCAACUUCAAUAUUUGUCAUAUUUGUGUUUGAUUUUCCAAGGUCAAAGACAUUUAAAAAUAGCGUACUAAUGCUAUUUAGCUAACAGCUAGCUAAAAUGCUAAUCAAAGCCAAUUAAAUUAGCUUCUGUGCUAGCCUCAUCAGCAGCUGCUAUUUUCAGCCUAAAAAUCAUGCUGUAGUUUUUUGUGUGUAACAUUUUUGGAGAAUAAUUUCAUUUAGCGAACGCGAUCGCACAAGCCACUAGCAGCCAAGUUUUUAGGUUGUCGUUUUUUUAACGACCUGCAAAACAUUUCAUUGUUGACUCACUCGCAAGUUGACAUCGCAUCGCAGCCAACAAAACGCACGCGCUAAAUAUCGCUAAAAGACUUGAAGCUAAGUUGCAAAUGGAAGCUCUUUUUGUGACGCACAAAAGCGCCCUUUGGUGCUUCUCUCGACAUUUACCAACACGGCAAACUUUUAGGUUGUCAACUUAAAACAUUUACUUUUAAAUGAAUUUUUUGCAAACUGAAAAUGAAGCUGAAAUUGUUUUGUUUUUUGUAACUUUUUCAGCAUCGCAUUCCUGCUGCUUGUUUCCAGUAACAGCACAUCAGUCGCCACCUGCUUGUCAUUUGUUUGUAACAAAAAAAUGUUUUUAUUACAGUUUGUGCCAUAGCCGCUGCCGCUAACUAGCUAGCUGGCUAACUAGCAAGCUGCCUAACAGUUUGAGGGCUCGCGCGUGAAGGAAAAUAAAAUACAAAACGAGGAGCGACAUGGAAACGGGGGUGGGCAAACUUUGGAUUUUGAAAACCGACACAAGGGCCAAGUCCAAAAAAAAUUUGAACUAUAUAAGCUCAUUUUCAUUUCUAUGGAUAUUUAUAAUUAUUUAAUUAGAAAUGUCAAUUAUAAUUACAUUUAGUUUUUUAGUCCUUUUUUUACAACUGAUUUAAUUGAUUAUUUCUAUUUUUUAUAAUGAUAUAUAUAUAUAUAUUGAUUAAUAAUUUAAGUGUAUUAGAAAUAAUACAUCAUAUAAAGUAACUUAAGUCGUAGUUUAAAAUAUGCAUCUCCUUGUUUAAUGUAAAAUGAUUUAUUUUGAUAUUUUUCAUUGGAUUAUUUACAACAAAAUAGUUAAAUGAACGAGAUUCAGGAGUAAAACUAACAAAUUGAAUUAAGAUAUUUUGGAUUUUUUUUUUUCUAUUUACAAUAAAAAAAAUGUAUAGAUGCAUUAAAAAUAUAUUGAUGAAAAUAUUUAGUAUUUCCUUAUUCACCAUCAAUGAUUUAUCGAGAUGAGUGACUAAAAAUGGUGUGUGUAUUUUGCCCACCCCUGACCUUUGACCCGCCAACAUUUUUGUGCUUCCAAUGGCGUGAGGUCAUGUGACUUUCUCACGUCCCAGUUUUGAGGCGUUAUUAAUUAUGACUUGGGAAGUUGGGGUGGGGCUUGUAUAUUUUGGGGGUUGUCUUUUCAAGUAGCAUGUUUGAUUUGUCGCAUUUGACGGACGGCCGAGACGAUUGACUCUGGAUUCUUGCUGAUUCUUUUUGCACAUGUCGGAAUGGCCUUACUCUUCUUCUCUUCUCUUCUCUCCUUUCCUUCGUUUUGCUUUUUGAGCUUCUGCGGUGGGCGGCGCAAAGCGCAGCGGCCCUCUCGCUUCUGCCAGCCGGCGCAAGCCGACGUGCCCCAUUCGAGCGGGAUGGAGGAAAAAAAUAUAUAUAUAUAUUAAAAGUCCAGUAAAAAAGUGACUCCAAUCACUUUUAUUUUCUGGAAUCUGAAUAUUUUGCAUGAGUAUGAAGAAAAAGAAGAAGAAGAGAUUGGCAGAUGUUUUGCUUGCACACAACAACAACAAAAAACUGUGAAACAAUUUGAAGAAAAAAAAAAAAGAAUGUAGCGUUCCUGCUGUAUCUGUACAUAUAUACAUAUAUUCUAUUUAUUGAAAUAUGUCCUACUAAUGAUUCUAUUAUUGACCUUUUAUCAACAUAAUUUUGAACAAUGUUGGCGAACACUUCCUCGAAGAUCUGUCAUGUUCAAAAAAAAAUAAUUAAAAAGUGAAAAUGAA